AUGAGUUUCAAUACGGCACUCGAUCUCUCGGCGGAGGAGGUCCAGGCUUUGGAGACGCUGCGCACUCGGUUCCAUCCGCUUGUAUGGAAUCUGGGGCAUUUACAACAGGAAAUGGUUCAACAUAUGGACACUCCACCCCACUUACCUACUUCACAGCGUUAUGCCGCGCUGGUCAAAACACAUGUCCGAGCGUUGAUGGAGUAUUUCGACGAACCAGUGUCCCAAGCUGGCGUUCAUCUGAAACGAGACGGGAAAGUCCUCACUGUACGCGACUUGUUGUCAGCAUUGCGGCCUCAUCCGGUAGCCCCGUUCCCGGCAUUCAUUCCGGAGACUGGUCCAAACGGGAUUAUUGACACGCUUCUACGUAGGAACCUCGCACCUGAGGAUGAGAGCUGGAUCGAUGAGCGUGUUUGUCUCGGCGCAGAGUUCUGCGAGGUAUCAGAGGAAUUCCCAUUGGAGGAAAUACAGGCGCGACGGCCAGCAGCAAAAGUCGCUAGAGCGGAUGGAUCUAAGCAACAGUGGUCCGCGGAUUCUAUCUCAAAGAAUGAUGAAGACGAGCAGAUGAGGCGUACUACUUCACAUUUGAAUGGCGAGGAAAUCUCCAACAUCUGGUCGACAGCUGGGGCUACCGUCGGCGAGCUUUUCAUCCUGUUUGAGAAGGCCGUCAAGGGAACAGAGGAUAUGGGCGAAGGAACGAAUGACGAGGACCUUGAGCGGAUCGACAAGAUCAGAGAACAAUUGGGCGUAGAUGAGGAAGAAGAGACGCCAACCAAGGAGCCAGGGGCAGACGAUGGGAAGCCACGAGCCAUGCAGGGGGUGCAGUCGGUAGAACAAUAUCCUCUCAGGAUGUCAGAACUGCAUAAGAUUCUUGGGAAGGGGCGGUGA